AUGUCUCUUGCAACGACAAUGAUCGUUCUUUUUCUUCAAAUCAUUACAUGUUUUCUCUUCACGACCACUGUCUCAUCACCUCACGGCUUCACCAUUGACUUGAUCCAGCGUCGUUCGAAUUCAUCUUCUUUUCGGCUGUCCAAAAAUCAGUUGCAAGGAGCAUCACCUUACGCCGAUACUUUAUUUGACUACAACAUCUAUCUAAUGAAACUACAAGUCGGUACUCCUCCUUUCGAGAUCGCAGCGGAGAUAGACACAGGAAGUGACCUCAUAUGGACACAAUGUAUGCCUUGUCCUGACUGCUACAGCCAAUUCGAUCCUAUAUUCGACCCUUCGAAAUCUUCAACCUUCAACGAACAAAGAUGCCACGGGAAAUCUUGUCAUUACGAGAUUAUCUACGAGGACAACACCUAUUCCAAGGGAAUCUUGGCAACCGAGACGGUCACGAUCCAUUCCACUUCAGGAGAGCCCUUUGUGAUGGCUGAAACAACCAUCGGUUGUGGGCUCCACAACACAGACCUCGAUAACUCAGGGUUUGCAUCGAGUUCUUCGGGUAUUGUUGGUCUAAAUAUGGGACCUCGGUCGCUUAUCUCUCAGAUGGACUUACCCUACCCAGGUCUUAUCUCUUACUGCUUUUCUGGUCAAGGAACUAGUAAGAUCAAUUUUGGAACAAAUGCUAUUGUGGCAGGAGAUGGAACGGUAGCAGCCGAUAUGUUUAUCAAGAAAGAUAAUCCUUUCUAUUAUCUAAACCUAGACGCGGUCAGCGUUGAGGACAACCGCAUUGAGACAUUGGGGACACCGUUUCAUGCCGAAGACGGGAACAUAGUGAUAGACUCUGGAAGCACUGUCACGUACUUUCCUGUGAGCUACUGCAACCUAGUAAGAAAGGCAGUGGAACAGGUUGUGACAGCGGUUCGAGUACCUGACCCGAGCGGCAAUGACAUGCUUUGCUACUUUUCAGAGACCAUAGAUAUCUUUCCGGUGAUCACAAUGCAUUUUUCUGGCGGUGCGGAUCUUGUCCUGGAUAAGUACAAUAUGUAUAUGGAAUCGAACAGCGGAGGACUUUUUUGUCUGGCUAUUAUAUGUAAUAGUCCAACACAAGAAGCUAUCUUUGGGAACAGAGCACAAAACAAUUUUUUGGUGGGUUAUGAUUCUUCUUCACUGCUGGUUUCUUUCAAGCCCACCAAUUGUUCUGCUUUGUGGAAUUGAAGUAACAAACCCUAGAGAGUCUCUUUUCCAUCAUUUUCAACUUCAGUUUGUUUUUCUCGGUUAACUUCAGUUUGUUAUUUAUAUAUAUCUUAUCAAAAUAAAAGCAUAGACCAUGGAUAUG